UUUAAAAAGCAUCAUAUUUGACUAGCUCAUCAAUUGUUUUAUAAAAUUUAGAAUAUGAACGUGCGUCCAUGCACUCCCUACCAAAUGCUAAACUCUUUUACUAAUCUUGAAUUUUUCUCUCCAAAUUUUGUUCUAUAAAAACUAAACGUUAGAAGUAAUAAAUAUAAAUUUAGCAAAGAUCACAAACCUCAAAGUUGUGGUAGCCUUCCAAAAAAAAAAAAAAAACACUCACACACAAUGGCAUUCAUAAAGCAAAAAUCAUACACACUCUCUCUCAUAUUUCUCUCCAUAUUUCUCCUCUACCUAACUUUAACUUGCAAAUUAAGACCAAAAAAUCGUGAUAUUCCAAUCUCAAACCUAGAAAAACCAACUUUUAGACAAAAUAUUGUUAUGCCUAUGGAACAUGUCACUAGUAGACCUCAAUGGUUUCAACUUUUACAAGACGAAAUCAAGGACCACAAAACACUUAAAAUUGGCCUAGUCAACCUUGAUGAUGUCUCAUUUUUUGACUACCUUGGAUUGCACGGGGCAGAAAAUAUGGAGACGUUCGAUGUGAAAUUUCGUAAGGUUUCGAAUAAAAUUAAGUGGAAAGACUUAUUUCCAGAAUGGAUUGAUGAAAAUGAGGUAUCAGCUAAGCCUACGUGCCCAGAAAUCCCAAUGCCGGUGUUUGAGAAGUACGAGGAAUUGGAUGUGGUGGUUGCUAAGGUUCCAUGUAAGCAUGUAGGGGUUGAUGGUUCUAGGGAUGUUUUCAGGUUACAAGUGAACUUAGUGGUGGCUAACUUCUUGUUAAGGAGGGGUGGUUGGGAUAAAAAUCGGCCGGUUUACGCAGUGUUUAUCGGCGAUUGUGGGCCCAUGUGGGAAGUUUUCCGAUGUGAAGACAUGUUGUUGCAUGAAGAGAAUUUGUGGGUUUAUAAACCUGACUUGCAAAGGUUGAAACAAAAAAUUCUUAUGCCUGUUGGUAGUUGUCAGCUUGCUCGUCCAUUUUCAGAACAAGAAGAAAAAACUUGGAAGAGUUAUCCGGCAUCAGGAUCAGGACUGGACAAAAAGUUCCACAAGCCAAGAGAGGCAUAUGUGACAGUUGUACAUUCCUCAGAAGCCUAUGUUUGUGGAGCAAUUGCAUUAGCACAAAGCAUUAUCCAAACCAACUCUACAAGAGAUCUUGUCCUCUUAGCAGAUGACUCAAUUUCACCAAAAUCUCUUCAUGGUCUCAUAGCAGCAGGCUGGAAAAUCAAGAAAAUCAAAAGAAUAAGAAGCCCACAUGCCCCAAAAAACGCGUACAACGAAUGGAAUUACAGCAAGCUCCGGAUAUGGCAACUCAUAGAAUACGACAAAGUCCUAUUCAUCGAUUCAGAUUUCGUGGUUUUCAGGAACAUCGAUCAAUUCUUUUCGUAUCCAGAAUUAUCAGCCGCUGGAAACGAUGGGUACAUUUUCAAUUCGGGCGUCAUGAUCAUAGAACCAUCAAAAUGCAAGUUCCAAAAUUUAAUGAACAAAAGGUUUGAGGUAGGUUCAUAUAACGGGGGCGAUCAAGGCUUUUUAAAUGAAAUGUUCGUGUGGUGGCAUAGGUGGCCUACUAAGCUAAAUACUCUCAAGAUUUUUGUAAAUACGAGUCAUCGCAACCUUCCUGAUGAUUCGUACACUGUACAUUAUUUGGGAUUGAAGCCAUGGUUGUGUUACGAGGAUUACGAUUGCAAUUGGGAUAAAGUGGAAUCUCAAAUUUUUGCCAGUGAUUCAGCGCAUCAGAGGUGGUGGAAAGUGUACAAGAAAAUGCCUAUGGAACUUAGGGAAUAUUGUGCAUUGACACCAGAAAUGGAUGCAAGGAUAAUUAAAUGGAGGAGAAAAGCCAAGAAAGCUAAUUUUUUAGAUGGACAUUGGAGGAUUCAAGUGAAAGAUCCAAGAAGACUUUCCUAUUGAUGAUUAUUUGAUUGAGAUUAAUUCAAUUCAUGUAUACUAACAAUUUCCCUUUUUCUGAUAAAGAUUGUAGACAUAAGCUUGCAACAUUUUAUUGUAACUAAUUAGAAGUAAAACUAUCAAAGAAUGUACCAAGAAUAAUCCUUAUUAGCCCAUAUAUGCAUAACACAGUAAAAACAAAUCAUAUAAAUUUACUAUGAUUAUGUGAUUUAAUGAGAUUAAAAUACAUGCUAAUGAAUCAUGAUUAAGUGCUAAAACUCUAUGUGCAAACACAUGACAAACAUGUAUUGGAUUGGUGUAA